AUGUCAGCAUUUAACACAAAUACUGCCAUUAGUUUUACAAACAACAAUAAUAACCCUCAAGGAAAUGAAAUAGAAUUUGAAAGAAUUUCUCAUACACUUAAUUCAUUGAUCAAACAUUUUUUACUUGAAAAUGUAAAUAAUUUCAAUGAAGAUCCAUUCGAAGAGUUUUUUGUCGCAUGUGAUCCAAAUGUUGAAGAAGAGGAUUUAUGGCAGUCUAAAUAUAAGAUACGUAAAGAUAUGCAACCAACAUUUAUCAGCUCAUUACUUGCAAAAAAAAUAUUUUCAAUAGGAAAAUCACUCAACUUUAUAAGAUAUAGUUGUAAUGAUAAUGAUUGGAUCAUUAAUAAUGCAAAACCAACGGGGGCUGAUAAAAUAUUAAAAUAUGGAGAUAUAAUUGGAUUAGAAACAUUUAAUUGCUAUAAAACGAUAUUUACUGCUUGGACAAGGAGAUUUCAUUCAACAUUUAAUGGACUUUCAAAGCCCGCAAAUACUCUUUAUCGUCACAAUCUUACAGGGACGUUAGAAGCAGCAAUUCGUGCUUCUAAUGCUCAAUAUGAUGACCCUGAUAUUCUCCGACGUUUAGAUGUUAGGCUUUUAGAGGAUGAAUUAUAUAAUUUCACCAUCAAAGAACUGAUGCAUAGAGAAAAUAUUAAUAUUGUAUCAGAAAUACGCCAAGGAAAGUCGAGAAAUCUGGGCGAUACUGAUGAAGAAAAAUCAUCAUUUUUAAGUGAUGAUUCAAAAGAAAAAUUGAAACCAAUUCAAGCACGUUUUAAUGAAAUAGCAGGAUUUGAAGUUGUUGACUUAUUAACUACACUGGCUCAUCUUCAAGACACUGAUCUAAGAUUUCUAAAUGUUCGGCUUGACUUUAAUGAAUUUUAUAGCAACUCAACUAGAUAA